AUGGACUACUGGAAAGCGCAUCGCACACUUAAAAAAGCACGGAAGUUGGUUAGGGGUUCUGCUGAAAGCGGAUACGCAGAGUUACCUACGUACUUACACAUGAUAAGAAAGGCUAAUCCGGGAACACUUACUCGUCUCGAAGUUGAUGAGAAUCAACGCUUUAAAUAUCUUUUCCUUGCAUUUGGAGCAAGCAUCAAUGGUUUUCCCUACAUGAGGAAAGUGAUUGUGGUUGACGGAACAUUUUUGAAAGAAAAGUACAAAGGAACGCUGCUAACUGCAUCAGCACAUGAUGGUAAUUUCCAAAUAUUCCCUAUCGCUUUUGCAGUAGUUGAUACAGAGAACAACAAGUCUUGGGAAUGGUUCUUUAGGCAGCUUAGCAACGUAGAUGACGAAGGGCUUGCAAUUAUCUCUGAUAGACAUAAAGCUAUUGCGAAAGCGAUUGGGAAGGUUUACCCUAUGGCUAGUCGUGGAGUUUGCACAUAUCAUCUUUAUAAGAAUAUUCUGCAACGCUUUAGAGGUCGUGAUGCGUUUCGUUUGGUUAAGAAAGCGGCGAAUGCUUAUAGACUUACUGAUUUCGAGACCGCUUUUGAGGAGAUAAAAACGAUGAAUCCAUCAUUACAUAGGUAUUUGGAAAAAGCUGAUGUACAAAAGUGGACACGUGUUCAUUUUCCCGGUGAGAGAUACAACAUUACUACGACUAAUAUCGAUGAAUCGAUGAACAAAGCCCUCUCGGAGGCCAGGAGUUUGCCAAAUGCAGGACUCUUAGAUGCAGUAAGAUUAAUGAUGACGAGAUGGUUUUCAGAUAGAAGGAAUGAUGCAAUGUCAAUGAAGACUACACUUACACGCGGAGUAGAGAAACUUUUAGAGGAACGAGUAGCCUAUGCACGUACGCUUACAGUUCAAUCAAUUGAUUUACAUCAAUCUCAAGUCACUAGUAAAACAUCCUUACACGUUGUUAACUUGACGGAGAAAACAUGUUCUUGCCGACGAUUUGAUUUGGAGAAGUUACCAUGUGCUCACGCAAUUGCUGCAGCUGAGGCAAGUAAAGGUAAAACGUCUACGAUAUCACAAUGUCAUCGAUACUUUCUGAGCAAUUAUUUGUACAAUUCGUAUUCGACUUCUGUCAUGCCGAAAGAUGAUGCGAUUCCUGUUCAAGAUGCUGUGAAAGACAAAGUUUGUCUACCUCCGGUGGUUCACCAACCUCCGGGAAGACCCAAAAAAUCAAGAAUCAAAUCAGUUUUGGAGAAAGCAGUAGAAAAAAAACGGCCACGGAAACAACACGCCUGCUCAAGAUGUCAUUUGGUUGGGCAUAACUGCAAAACUUGCCCAUCUGCAAUUUAA